AUGCCUUCAGACAACCUCUCCAUCUUCCCCUCAACAUCAAAGUCUUCCACCCCCAGUUCCCAAGAGAAACCCCCAACCACCGAACCAACCCUCGUGAGAACAAACACCUCUACAGCAACUCCCAAUGACUCCUUCCACUUCGACUUCGGGCCCCUCGCCCACGUCAACACGGCAGGAACCACCUAUCCCGCCUUCGCAGGCGAACUCCAACCGGGUCUAUGGAAGCCCCAGAAGCGUCGUAAGAUGGCCAAUCCCGCACCGUUAGGCCUAUGCGGGUUUGCGCUCACGACAUUCCUCCUGGGCUGCAUCAACAUGCAGACGUUGGGAAUCGCCACUCCCAACAUCAUCGUCGGGCCUGCGUUCGCAUACGGGGGUCUUGUCCAGCUUCUCGCGGGCAUGUGGGAAAUGGCGGCCGGAAACACCUUCGGCGCAACCGCGCUCUCCUCCUACGGCGGCUUCUGGAUCUCCCUAUCCAUAGUCUUCAUCCCCGGCGGAUUCGACAUCCAGGGCGCCUACAAAGCAGCCAAUAAUGGCAGCUUGUCGAUGUUCUAUGACGCAUUCGGGUUAUUCUUAAUGGGCUGGUUCAUCUUCACUUUCCUCCUCUGGCUCUGCACGCUCAAAUCAACCUACGUUUUCUGCGCCCUCUUCGCGGCCGUUGAUGUCGCCCUCCUCCUCCUGGCAGUCGGGUAUAUCCACCGCACAGCGCCGGAGGUGCCCAACGCGAAGAUUAUUAAAGCGGGUGGGUUGUUUGCCUUACUAGGCGCGUUUAUGGCCUGGUAUGUUGCACUUGCGGGUAUCGCGGACGACAGUAAUAGUUUCUUUCUUGUGCCGGUGUUUCAUUUCCCGUGGUCGGAGAAGGGGAGGGAGUCGAGGAGGAAGGGGGAGAGUGAGGGGAGUGUUUAA